AUGGCAAACUUGCCCUCCCACGCCUCCCCUUCCUUCGCCGCUCAACCGCCGCCCUCCGAACCCGUCGAUGAUCUAUCGCUUGAGUCUACAACGGCGGCUGCGCCCCUGCCGACCAGUCGAGUAGAUGAGCUUCGUGCCGAUGCUCAGUCCGACAAUGCCGAGCAUGGCCCAGGCGACGUCACGCCUGCCGUGCCGGCCUCGCUCUUGUCACCUUCCUUCACCCCGCCAGCAACGCCCGGGGGCACACUCAACACGGCGCAAUUGCUGCAGCAAGUCCAGCUACCGCAGCCGACAUCGACCUCGAAACCCCCGAAACUACUUUCCUGCCUUCCCAACGUCGAAUGUAUCGUCCGCGCUCGGAUCCCCACCACCAACGGCGCGGAGAUGUUUCUUCACCUCUACCGCAAUGAUUUAGAUAACAAGGAGCACCUGGCAAUUGUGUUCGGAAACACUAUCCGGAGUCGGAGUCUGGACCAAGUCCGCCCGGGGGAGACCGAAAUGGAUCGCAUGAUUCGUGGGGCAUACGUCGGCACCCUUCAUCCCGGGCGGGUGAGUAGUUGGUACGAUAGCGCGCAAGCCGAGAGUGAGGGACAGGGGGGAUUUGCUCCCACCGAUGGUCCUGUAUCGGAUCAACCCGAGGUCCCCCGAAGCAGCCCCAGCCAAGCGCCGCUGGUGAGAAUUCACUCGGAGUGCUAUACCGGCGAGACGGCGUGGUCGGCCCGUUGCGACUGUGGUGAGCAGUUGGAUGAGGCCGCGCGACUCAUGUCUUUGCCGAUGGAGACGCUGGCCGCAGUCGCUUCUCAGCAGGACCUCACUGUGCCUUCGAACGCGUCUGGCGGUGUCAUCAUCUACCUCCGGCAGGAAGGUCGCGGGAUCGGGUUGGGAGAGAAGUUAAAGGCGUAUAAUCUCCAAGAUUUGGGGUCAGAUACCGUCGAGGCCAAUCUGCUGCUUCGUCAUCCGGCCGACGCCCGGAGCUACGGUCUGGCGACGGCAAUGCUGGCCGAUCUUGGUUUGGGGGUUGAUUCGAACCCCCAUGGAAUUCGGUUGUUGACGAACAACCCGGACAAGGUGCGAGCCGUUGAGGGACCCAACCGAGAAGUGGUCGUUAAGGAACGAGUUCCGAUGAUUCCACUGGCAUGGAGAUCGGGCGGAAAGAUGGGCAUCAAGAGUUCCGAAGUCGAAGGGUAUUUAAGAACGAAGAUUUCCAAAAUGGGCCACAUGAUUCAGUGA